AAGAAGGAGAAGGAGACUCAGACAGAGCAUGAAUUUGGCGCCGGACUAUAUCAAUUUUUUAGCUCCGGUAGAGUUGUGCGUGAUGUUUGUUGGAGUGUGUGUAGCUUGAGAGAGAGCUUGAAUUUCACUCACCGCAAUGCGCACUAUUGCUGCUUGUCAAAGGGUCGUAACCUGCCACACUCUGCUGUUGUUGUUGUUACCGCAGCGAUGUAGAUGAGAAACGAGCCCGUGUUUUGUCUGAGAAUCGUGACCUUCAUUUCACCGCCUCCUCCAGAUAUCGUCUUGUUCGAUGUGCAAAUUCUUUCAGAUUCCGAACCUAUUCGCAGAUGGCCGAACUGCGUGGCUGCUAAUUUUCUAGUCACAUGCUGUGAACUCUGGGAACUUGAUUAGAGUACCGAGAGUUGCCGUUCUGGUGAACUCUAACCGCCACACUGCGGUGCUCGAUCUCUUACGCUCUCUCUCUCUCUCUCUCUCUCUCUCUCUCCCUUUCUCGCUUUUGUGUGUGAGCGGCAAACCUCAAUCGAGAAGAAUUUCUUGGGGUUUGAAAUUGGUCUGAAAUUCUUGUAGUUCUAUUUUGUUGUAAUACACAAGAGCUGUUUGCGUUUCAAUUUGGAGAGAGGGUUUUUUUAGCAUUCCGAGUAAUUCAUCUAUUUUUCGGCAGUUGUUAUGCUGGGACGGAAGUGUUGGGUCUUUGAUUCUCCAGGAUGUCGAUCCUGUAUUUUUUCACUUCCAUGGCUCUAGUUGUAACGUGUUCGCUUGUCACAUAUUCAGUUAUAAAAAUCACAAAUUCGGCUUCAUCUUGCACUCGCAGAACCACUCCACUUCCGGUGUGAUGUGAUUCAUGACGAUUUAUUAUUAACAAUUUUCGACUUCGAUUUCAAAUUCAGAGUGCUGCUUCGAGUUGGCCGAACCUUUGAAGUGUGCCAUUCAACACAUCAGCGCACUAUUGGCUGUGGAUUUUCAUCUGGUGCUGCAGGAGACUGAUUAACACGGAAUUGAAGAACUAAAAAUUUCGAAGCGUGUAAUAUUUUGAAAUGUCGAGUGAAGAUGACGAGGAGGGCGAGGGAGAGGAGGGAAACAAGGAAUUUUCAUGGAGUGGACUCUUGGAAGAUUUUGAACCAGUAGGUCCAGGCAUUGCAACAUAUCCUAAUGGGGAUAUUUUUGAGGGCUCCUACUAUGGUGGCAAGAGACAUGGUUUUGGAAAAUACACGUUCACCAAGGAUGCUGCAACAUAUGAAGGGAAUUACACUGACAAUCAGAAGGCAGGAUUUGGCACAAUGUCCUUCCCGGACAAGAGUUCCUACACAGGUUCAUGGUAUCAAGAUAAGAGAAGUGGAGAAGGUCAGUAUACGUAUAAAAAUGGCGAUAUCUACAAGGGACAAUGGUUUGAGAAUAAAAAGCAUGGUGUGGGCUCAUACUUCUUCAAGAAUGACAUGGCUCAAUUCAUUGGAAUUUGGGAAAAAGGAUUCUUUGCAAAAGGGAAGUGGUUGUUUAAAAACGGCGAUUUUUACGAGGGUGACUUUGCCAAGAGCAAACCUGAGGGACCAGGGAAGUUCAUGUUCUUCAAGUCCAAAUGCACAGUGGCUGGUACAUUUGAGAAGGGCAAGUGGACUCUUGGAACCACUAAACAAACACCUGCCAAAGUGAUACUUGACCAUGCCAUGCAAGCUGCCCCCUCGCUAUUUGCUCCUCCUCUAGAUACUAAGAGUUUGCCUUCCUUUGUCAUUCCUAUGAAAUUCAAGUGACUUCUGAAAAUAGUAGUGCACAAUUUCACUAACACACACAAUACCCCAGAAAUCAAGUCCAUAGCCCUAAUUUUUUCUAAAUGAUCAACUGCUGAUGAGUGGUACUUCUGUGCAAAUAUUUCAGUUGUGACGACACCAGAUUUUCAGUGUGAUAGAACAGAAGCCAUGUGCAUUUUAGAGGCUGAAGCAAUGAGUCCCCCACCCUGAAGGUUGGAGAUGCAGUAAUGUACUUAGACUCUGCCCUGAAUGAUGGUUUUUCAGAUAAGCGCACAGAACACUCAGCACUACAUUCUUACAGCAUUAUUCUCGUGGGAUGCAUGAAUACUUGAAAAGUCAGCACUCUACAAAUUUUCACAACAAAUACAGGACUGGAAGAUUGAACUCUACUGUAAGCAAAUGAAAAGGUGUUUUGGGGGUC